GACCAAAGAGCCGAACAUGACUCAAAAGUCACAAUCACUCCAGAUGGCUUGAAAGAUUUGGGCGUAUUACAUUGGCAUACAGAAGAACUUGAUGAAGUUGAUAAGUUAGCAACUGAACGAGGUUAUCGAAAUCGAGAUCAAAUCAUUUUUAGUAAGGAAGCCAUGGUGCGGGACGUUUAUUUGACGAACAUCAACUCUUUCUUCGAAGAGCAUCUACAUGAAGAUGAAGAAAUCCGAUGGAUUAUCAAUGGAACCGGCUACUUUGAUGUUCGAGACAAGAGUGAUAAACAUUGGAUCAGAGUUCAAGCUCACCCUCAUGGUCUCCUAUCAGGUAUAUAUCAUCGCUUCACAGUUGAUACCAAAGACUAUAUCAAAGCCAUGCGCCUUUUCAAGGUACCGUUAUUUUCUCUUCUUUUGACAUUUCAAUUCCCUCUCCAAAGCCUUUUCACUGAAUGGAUGCGUUGUUUGAACAUCUAA